UCAGUAAAGAGUAACAUGGAAAGCAUACAGCUUUAUAUAAAUUCAAGAAUACGGACAAUGCAAGUAAAAUUUUCCUUAGAAGUGAACUACAGAACCUGCUCGAUAAAAUAACUGAUAUUGAUUUAAGAAAUACCUAGAUAAAAAUUGCUAUAAAAAUGACGGAGUUGGAAAUUAGUAAUUUAUAAGCACAAAUGUCUCUUCUGCGAUGGAAUCUUGUUAAAUGUUUAGCAGUGCUUUUCUACAUUAUUGCGCGCAACCAGGUCGGUGUUUGUACUGCCAGUGUCCAAAUGCAUCAUCAUUCAUCAGAAGAAGACUACGAUUUCAAUAAAAUGCCACAAGAAAAAAUUGACAAGCUCAAGGUACCGGCAGAUCAAACGCUCGUAGUGCGUUUGCCAUUAAACACGUUGCUGAAAUAUACGUCGUAUAAAGAUGUUUCUAUAUUACAUUUUCGGGUCCCGCCAGACACACGUACCGCCUUCUUCACAUUUAAAGCAUAUGAGGAGUCCAAAAGUGCCUUCCAGCGAAAAUGUAAACCUCGUAGCGUGGAAUUGCACCUCAAACCCGGAAGUUAUCCUGUAAUUAGCCCAGAAAAUAUCACGUUCCCAAAAAAUUUUUUGGAUGCUAAUCAAAGAUCAAAAACUUACAGCCUACAGUUUAUGUCGAAUGAAGAGCAACAACGCAUUUCGAUCAACGGUCCACAAUUUGGCAAUUGGUUUGCAGUUGCGUUUGUUAGUUGGACAGAUCCUAACAAUGAUCGCAUUGAACAGCAAGGAUUGUCUGCCUCUUGUGACUCUUUGCUGUUGGCCGAAAUGUCAGUUACUCGAUUCCAGCCAUAUAUUAUUUAUGAUGGUCAUGUACAAAUUGAUGUAUUAAGAUUGGCCGAUGAAUCGUAUGACGAUUUUGAAACGAAGGAUAACCAAAGCAAUUUAAAAGGAAGUCAUGAAUUCAUCUACAAAUUUUAUGUUUCACGAAAUAUUGAGGUGGCUACCGCUAUUAUUUCGAUAAAGGAGCCUUGUCAGAAGUGUCCAAAUAUUACAAUUCAAAUUCAAUCAAACGCAUUUCCGAACUCACUAAAUGAAAGCCAUCAUUCGGAUAACAACAAUUAUGCUCAAAAUUUCAAUAUAAUACAACCUAACCAAGUAGGUGACAUGACGUUCGAGUUCUAUGUGCAACCGGAAGCAUGGCAUUACUUACACGUCGCAUUUGCUAAUGAAAAAAAUUUGGCAAAAAGUCCAGAAGUAGUGAAACACAAACAGUUAUCAAAAGUAAACUCAUCGCUUCUACAAAGUGAAUCUAUUAGUGAAUAUAGAAGCGUCAAACGGCACGCCAAAAAUACUCAUAUAAAAGAAAAUCAUUUUCAACAAGGGGAGAAGGAAGAAAACUGUACUUUUUGUCAUCAAGUUAAAUAUAGUUUGCAAAUUAUUUUUCUAAAGCCAAUAGAACUUCAACAUAAGGAAAUAGAUUUAAACUAUUCUGAUCCUUUUCUUAAAACAAACACGGAUGGCAUAAAAUUUAGUACAGCUGCUCCUGAGGACAAUAUUACCACAGAAUACUCGAGUCCGCUUGUCCAGGAAUGGCGACCCAACAGAUUCCGAAAUAUAGAUUUUUAUCCACUCUUGCGUCAAACCUAUCGAGAGUUCUUCAUGUUCGACUACGAUUUAAUGCCUGAUGAAAACGGCACGGUUCCAACCGUUCUCAAUUUGACAGGUGGUAUGCCUGCAGGGUUUGCUUUUGAAGUGGGUGACGUGUACGAUAUAGGCGGCACAUUAACUUUUGCCCUGUUAAUGAAACAAGAACUUAAGAGCGACUCGAUUGAAUUGAAAAAUGUAUGGUCAACUAAUAACCAACUAUCGGAUUCCGAACGCGGCGUAGUUCUUGCCGAGAAAUUCCUUUCAAAAUCGGGAAAAUCCAGUACCGAAGUAAAUGAACAUGAAGACAAGGUAAAAAAAGAAACUGUGUCCCGAAGCAAUCAAACAAUAAUAGUUUGUAUGCAUUUAGCAGAGCCUGGAGUUCCUUCUUGGCCAGAUAAAUGUCGCUACGGCCAACGACUUUUACCGGCCUCAAUUAUAAUAAAUAAUACGGAUUCAAAUACUAUGACAGGACUUCUCCACGUUCCAUUUCCUGAAAGUGGUCAAUGGUACAUAACAAUGGAAUUAUACUGUCAUGGUGCUGAAACGGCAGAACGGAUCACAAUCAUAGACAAUGUAAAAGAUUUUGUAAAACAAAAUAUGAAUACUUUGUAUGGCAUGAGUCGUUCGUGCAGUUGUUUUUUAGAAGCCAGUCACUAUCUAGACUGCGUUAAAAAUGACAACUGUUUGAAUUCGAUGAACGAGACAGAGGCGUUGAAAAUAAAAGAAUGUCUCAUGGACUCUAAAUGCACACCCAACUAUUUAGAAAUGGCCCGCAAAUUCGAAAUUCAUAAUAAAUUUGCAACAGAACAGCAUAUUGCUUUAGAAAUCUGUAACGCCUCCGUCAUAUUUACUAUUUCUUCGAGUCCCUGUGUUGCUGGCCGUUGCGGACGCUUUGGCCGUUGUUACCACUAUAUGUCAGGAGGGUUUGUUUUCUCUACUUGUAUGUGCAUGAAAGGCUACCGAGGUUGGGAUUGCACUGAGGUUAGUCAAGUACCAUCGAGUAUUUCUAUACUUGUUGCAUCUCUCUUACUUACGCUUAGCAAUCUACUAUUUAUUCCCAGCAUUUACCUAGCAAUGCGUCUUGACUACUACACAGAAGCGACAAUAUAUUUCUUCGCCAUGUUUUUCUCAAUAUUCUAUCAUGCUUGCGAUUCUGGAGAGGAUGAAUAUAGUUUUUGUUUGGUAAAAAUUGGUGUUCUACAAUUUUGCGAUUUUUAUUGUGGUCUCAUGGCAAUCUGGGUUACUCUAAUCGCUAUGUCACAUAUUCGUCAACAGUUGGUUUCAAUACUACACAUGUUUGGAGCCAUAAUUUUGGCCUUUGGCACUGAACUUAACAAGCAGAGCCUAUGGGUAUUCCUAGCUCCGGCGCUUACGGGAAUCUGCCUCAUAUCAACUAGCUGGGGAAUCCGUUGUUACAAAUUGCGAAAAUGGUAUCCAGCACCCAAAUAUCUCAUCAUAUACAUGCCAUUAGGAACGAUUCUCGUUAUGAUAGGUCUGAUAUGCUACGCCUUCUUGCAAACGAAGCAAAACUAUCACAUCGUACACUCGAUUUGGCAUAUAGUAAUGGCUCUAAGCAUUCUUUGCUUAUUGCCUUCACGAAAAUACUUCUUGCCAAAAUGCUAGCAUCCGUUUUGCAACUUCGAAUUCGAGCUGUACUAAUGCCUUAAAAUGUUACGCGAAAUAAUUUCGCACUCUAAAAUGAAUAUGAUUAACAUAUUUUAAAUAUAUAUGUACACAUAUGUAGUUAUAUGGAUAAAUUAAUCGGAGAUGGAGACAUACUAAUUAUGAUGACACUUUUAUACUUUAUAUAAGUAUAAAACUCACUACAGAUAAGAUUCAAAUAACUUAUACCAAAGACAAGUAUACUCGUACAUGUACCUAUAAUUUGUAAUGCAUACCUCUAUUACCUCUAUUCUUUAUCCAUUGGAAUGUUAAUUCUGGCUCAUUAUACUAGCUUGAUAUUGAAACUGACAACGUAAUAAAUAACAGUAACAAAUAA